AUGCAAAAUUUAAUAGAUGUCUAUAUGGAUAUGCCCCCGAUUACGCGGGCCUACACGACCGCAUGCAUUCUGACUACUAUGGCGGUACAACUCGACUUCAUUACUCCGUUCCAUUUAUAUUUCAACUGGGAUCUCAUAGUGAAGCGGUACCAGUUCUGGCGACUGAUCACGUCGUUCUGCUUUUUUGGAUCAUUUGGUUUUAGCUUCCUGUUUAAUAUGAUAUUCACGUAUCGGUAUUGCAUGAUGCUAGAAGAGGGCUCUUUCCGUGGUCGAAGAGCUGAUUUCGUCUACAUGUUUUUACUUGGAGGAAUUCUUAUGAUCAUCUGCGGUAUCUUUGUACAGAUGGUGUUCCUUGGUCAGGCUUUUACAAUCAUGUUAGUCUACAUUUGGAGUCGCCGUAAUCCUCACAUUCAGAUGAACUUCUUUGGAGUCCUGUCAUUCACCGCUCCAUACCUACCUUGGGUUUUGUUGUUAUUUUCACUGUUGUUGGGUAACAAUGCAAUCGUAGACUUUAUGGGAAUUGCCUGCGGUCACUUCUACUUCUUCUUAGAAGACGUGUUUCCUCAUCAGCAACACGGUAUGCGCCUACUGGUGACCCCCGCUUGGUUGAAGUGGCUGUUUGACGAGCGACCAACCGAACCUGUGACCGAAGACGAAAGACCAGGCGGAUUUGGGUGGGGUAUUGAUGCUGAGUAA